GUGUGCUCUUCCCGUCUAAACCCUAAAAUGCUGCCUUUAUCCCACAUCAGACACAAUCGCUGUGUCUGUCUAACUGCUAGGCUGAUACUAAAUUUCUAUAACAAACCAACUGAAAUUGGCAUCGCACCAUUCUGUAUGCAAAUGAAGUCCAUCUCGCCGUUCGAGUCGGGACUUGCAGGCGAAAGGCCUUGGUUACCCAAACUAACAUAGAAUUGAAAAUCACACGCAAUUAAUCAUUUUGAUGUUACCCAAUGGAAAUAUUGAUGGAAAGUGAUAAGCAUACCAAUAUUACAGACGUGGAGGAUGUCAAGUACGUCAUCAACUUUGAUUACCCUUCUUCGUCUGAAGACUAUAUUCAUCGCAUUGGACGUACAGGAAGAAGGUGUCAGACAGGGACGGCCUAUGCUUUUUUUACCACCCACAACAUGAAACAUGCCGGAGAUUUAAUUGAGGUAUUGCGUGAAGCUGGGCAAAAUGUUAAUCCUCGACUUAGUGAGAUGGCAGAGCUGGCUAAGUCCGGUGGCUUUGGAGGUCGAGGCGGGAAGCGCUUUGGCGGAAGCAGCAACAGUGGCGGCGGUGGAGGGCGCCGUGGAAAUAUUGACGGAAGAGGACGUGGAAAUGGAUCAGGGAGAGGAGGAAGAGGUGUUCGCGGAGGAUCUGCCUAUCAGUCAAAUUUGGGCAAUUAUUCAAACUCCGACUACAAUAGCUAUGCUGGAGGAAAACAGAAUAAUCAAUCAGGACAAACUGGUGGUUAUGGUUAUAGUACUCAAAGAAGCUACAGUCAGGAUAAUGGACCACAAAAUUACGGUGGGGGAGAUAAUUACGGUAUUUCAAAUUACCAAUACCGAGGCGCAGCUUAUUAAUACUGUUGCAUUUAUAUCUGAUAUUGGAUAUGAAUGACUAUCAAUUAGGUUCUGGAAAGAUUUUCUUGCAACAGUAAGCGUGAAUUGGUAUCUAUAUCUAUAAUAUUAGAUAACAUAUUUCUACUAGUGUGACUGUUAGUUUUUAGGCAUGACCGUAGUUGAAUCAGGCAUUCAAGAGGGAGAGCAGUAAUUGGAGCUUCACAAAAUUGCAAUAUUUUAUUUAACCAGAGUGUUUUGAAAUUCUUUGUCAUGAUAGGCAUGUUCCAAUUAUGGCGCCUAUAAUAGCUUCGAUAUCACAUAUUAUUCUAUUCAAGAACUGUUGGCUUUGAA